CGCAUAAGCAGUGUUCUGCUCGCAACAACAGCAGCAUCACUGCUGUCGUCAUCGCGUUUAUUGCAGUUUGGCCGCUGCUACCAUGUAGAUAAAGCUAUACCCUCGUGCGUGCGCGACCAUUCUAUCUCACUAUCCGUGUCUGAGUAUCUCUCAGCAAUAUCAUGUCUGAGGUGCGCAAAAGGACGGUACCAGAGGCGGCGGCCCCAAAGGACGUCAGUGACGACCAAAAAGAAGAUAUUGAGUCUGAAGACGAUGCCAAACUUGAUGUUGACGAGAUGGCAAAAAGCCUACCACAAGGGACAGAUCAUACUCCAGAGAUCCUGAAAUCAGCUCUUACUGGCUUACCUGAUCGCUGGAAAAAUUGGGUUAUUCGGGGUAUAUUUACUUUUGUGAUGAUAGGAGCAUUUUGUUUGAUCGUUUAUGGAGGCCCUUUAGCAAUGAUGGCUACAGUUUUAGUUGUACAGGUAAAAUGUUUUGAAGAAAUCAUAAACAUUGGUUAUGCAGUAUACAGGAUUCAUGGAUUGCCAUGGUUUCGCUCAUUAUCGUGGUAUUUUUUAAUUACUUCCAAUUAUUUCUUCUAUGGAGAAAAUUUGAUGGACUACUUUGGAGUUAUCAUCAAUAGAACGGAAUAUUUACGUUUUCUCGUCACAUACCAUAGAUUUUUAUCAUUUUGUCUUUACAUUAUUGGCUUUGUUUGGUUUGUUCUUUCAUUAGUAAAGAAAUACUACAUGAAACAAUUUUCAUUAUUUGCCUGGACUCAUGUUGCUCUAUUAAUUGUGGUAACACAGAGUUAUUUAAUUAUUCAAAAUGUAUUUGAAGGUUUAAUAUGGUUUAUUGUACCAGUGAGUAUGAUAGUUAUUAAUGAUGUGAUGGCGUAUGUGUUUGGUUUUUUCUUUGGUAGAACACCUUUGAUUAAAUUGUCACCAAAGAAAACCUGGGAAGGAUUUAUUGGAGGCGGUAUUUCGACUGUCGUAUUAGGAUUAUUAAUAGCGUACGUCAUGUGCCAAUACCGUUACUUUGUCUGUCCAAUUGAGUAUAGUGAAGCUUUGGGAAGAAUGACUAUGGAUUGUGAACCUUCUUAUUUAUUCAAGCCACAAGAAUACACCUUACCAAGUUUCAUGCAAACUGUAACAAACAUAUUCAAAUGGAAGUCGACUGUCACUAUCUACCCAUUCAUGUUACAUUCCUUGUCGCUGUCAGUAUUUAGUUCAGUAAUCGGUCCGUUCGGUGGUUUCUUUGCUAGCGGCUUUAAGAGAGCGUUCAAAAUUAAGGAUUUUGGUGACGUUAUCCCUGGCCACGGUGGUAUAAUGGAUCGAUUCGAUUGUCAAUAUUUGAUGGCUACAUUUGUCAACGUGUAUAUUUCGUCUUUCAUUCACACUGCUUCUCCUCAAAAACUUCUGCAGCAGGUGUUUUCAUUAAAACCUGAGCAACAAUUACAAUUAUUCCAGAGCUUGCAAGACUCAUUGCAGCAUCAAGGACUUUUAAAUGCUUCCUAAGUAUUUUGAGUUUUUUUUCUCAAAAAUAAAUUGCGUUCAUUACGAUAGAUACCUGAUAACCAAGUACCAUGAUGGAUAAAGUAUAUUGCUGUUAGACAAAUACUUCAUUGGUUCCUGGAAAUCUUUAAUAGAACAGUCUUUUAACUUUUUUACGGGUAUUUCGUAUCUCUUUCUCAUUAAGUCAUAUUUAUCACCAUUUAUUUCACUGUUUUUCUGCUGUCAGUCUACCAUUUAAUUGAUCAAAACCUCAAACCAUAAUCAGAUAGCAUAUACAUAAAGCUUAUGAUGUUUUAAGAUUUAGGUCACAAAUUAUUUAUUUAUUGAUUUUUUAUUUUAUGUUUUUUUUAUUCUCUAUUUUUUGGCUAUGCGAUGAAUUUAAAAGAAUCGGAUACAUAGAUCUCGCAAAGCUUUCCUUUUUUUAUUAUGCAUUUAUAUACAAAAAAAGAUAAUACAAUAAUUGUAUUUAAUUAGUUAUUAAAUUUGCUGAGUUGUUGGAAAAUUCUAAUUUGUUGAUUGAUACAUAUGAAUAAUAGUUGUUGAAUUGUUUGUUUGUGUGGUUAGUAAAAACUGCUUUUUAAAUAGUACAUUUAAAACUAAAAAAAGCGACAAGAAUUAUGUGUCUCUUGAUAUAUUAGGCAUAAAUAAAUGUAUUUCUUCGCAUUUAUUAUCUGACAUGCGAUGUCAGUGUUGUAGCAAUUAAAAAUCGCAUAGUAAACCAUACUAUUUUAUGUGUAUAUGUGUGUGUCGUAGAAAUCUCAUUUAGUAUAUAGUCUUAUUCGAACAAUUAGGAAGAACAAUCAUGACAUAAUAAUUUGUCGCAUAUACGAAAAAUAUUAAUUUUUUUAAUUUCCAAUGAAAAUACUAUAUGUAGAAUAUAGUCAAGCCAAGAAACAAAACACAGUGCGGAAGCAUCAGUGUUAAAAAUGUAAUAAAAGAAAAAGAUCCUCUAGUUAUUUGUGGUCUUGUAUAAAAAUGUAAGUUUAAUUAGGAAAACAAGGAAUUCAUGUCUCUCAAGUGUAUACACACAGUGAUAGAUGCAUAAAAGAAAAAAAAUUCACGUACAUAUAUUUAGAUACUAAAAAUUACGGAAGAUUGUUUAAAACAAACGAAAGCACUCCAUUGUACUUACGCGUUAAGUAAGUAAAAUAUUUGUACAUAUAUUUUAUUACGUUAUACACUUAAAAAACAUACAGUUAUAAUUAAGUGGAUAUAUUUUAUCAUUGUUGAUUUUAAUAUUGGAUGAAAGUAUGCAAAUGAUUAUAUAAAAAUGAGAGAGAGAGAGAGCGCACAUGCGACGUAUACGAGAAUGAGUGUUGAACGCGAGAUUGAAGGAAAGAUUAUAUACAAAGAAAGAUAUUAUGAAUAUUAAUUAUGGAAUGUUAUCGAAUAAUUGUACAUUUUAAUGUGAUCGUAUCUUCAGUUAUGUAAAAAUAUAUAUUAAUUUAUUUAUGAUGUGUAGACAGAAAAAAAUUUAAAAUAAAGAUGACUUAAUGCAAAAGAGUAGUCAAAAUU